GUUCUGCCAACUGGUAUUGAUAAGAUCUGACUGCCUGCCAGCAUGAGCGACGCAGGCGAUGCGAAGGCGAAGCGCUGGUUCCCGCUCGAGUCGAACCCGCAGGUCAUGAACGAGUACGCCAAGCGCAUGGGCCUUCCUGCGGACUCAGCCUUUGAGUUCUGCGACGUCUACAGCACCGAAGACUGGGCCCUCGACAUGGUGCUCCGCCCCGUCCUCGCCGUCAUCAUGCUCUUCCCGAUCAAGACGCAUACAGAGGCGUACGCCAAGGAGGAGCGGCAGCGCAUCGAAGUGUCGGGCCAAGUCGUGUCGCCCAACGUCUACUACAUGAAGCAAACCGUCGGCAACGCCUGUGGCACUGUCGGCAUCUUGCACGCGCUUGGCAACGUGGGCGACUACGUGGCCUACCAACCGGGCAGCUUCUUGCAGACGUUCUUUGAAAAGACGCGCACCAAGACGCCUGACGAGAUUGCUGUGAUUCUCGAGGGCGACGACGAGCUCGAAGAGACACAUGCGUCAGCAGCCCAGGAAGGGCAAUCCGAGCAACUGGAACACGUGGACGACCCGAUCAACACGCACUUUGUGUGUUUUUGCACGGUGGACGGCCAUCUCUACGAGCUCGACGGGCGCAAGGCCUUUGCGAUCAACCACGGCCCGUCAUCGCGCGAGACGCUUCUCGAGGAUGCGUGCCGCGUGAUCCAGUCGUUCAUGCAGCGCGAUGCUGGCGAGGUGCGCUUCACGAUCGUCGCCCUUGCGUCCAAGUCCCACGACUAAGAUGGACGCCGUAUCAUGAUGCCGGAGAAGAAUUUGCCGACGACGAACUUGUAUUUCGCGUCUAAUAAAUUACGAGCCGAAGCAGGAGGUUGCCGACGUCGCCAACGUAGACGGCACCAGAUCCGUUGACGACCAGCGAGACGGGGUUGCCAAACGAUCCGUUGAGACCGUCGGCGUUACCGUAGAGGCCAUUGCCAAACACAUUGCGUUGCGU